AUGGCUGCAUAUUUAGAUGAGAUUAAGGCUAUUAGUGAUCAGUUAGACUCCAUAGGCUUUCCAGUCCCAGAUCAGGAGAAAAUUUAUGGUGCUCUAAGUGGAUUAGGUCCAGAAUAUCAGUCUAUUGACACAUAUGUUGAGAACUCCAUGGACCAGUUCCUAGGAACAACCUUUGAAGAUGUGGAGUUCAAGCUGAUCAACAUUGAGAACAAGCUUCUCAAAUAUUCUAAGACACCUGCAGUCUCCCCUCAUUUGGCGUUUCACACUGGUCGUGAGUACUCCAAUAGAGGCUGUGGUCAGAGUAAUGGCAGAAAUGAAGGUUACAGAGGAUGUGGCUCCUACUCUACUUGUGGUCGUGGAUUCCACCAACAGAUCAACACUUCAAACUCCGUAAAAUGCUAUAAGCGGUUUGAUCAUGCCUACCAAUCAGAAGAACUUCACAAUGCUUUAGCUGCUAUGAGGAUAACAGAUCAAUCAGGUCCACCAGGACAUGAGUGGUAUCCAGACUCGGGUGCUACUGCACACAUCACCAACAAUGUGGAAACUCUCCAGUCUGCUCAACCUUACACUGGUAAUGACAGAGUAAUCGUAGGCAAUGGAGACUUCCUUCCCAUCACUCACAUUGGUUCACUUCCUCUUCAAACUCUGCAAGGUACAUUUCUACCUCUGAAAGAUGUAUUGGUCUGCCCUCAAAUGGCUAAGUCUCUUAUGUCUGUUUCAAAACUUUGUGAUGAUUAUCCCUGUUCCGUCAAAUUUGAUUCUGAUGGUGUCCUUGUGAAGGACAAGCGGACAAAGCUGCAUCUAGCACAAAGAAAGAGAGAUAAAGACAUCUACAAGUUGGAAAACCAUCAAUUGCAAGCUUUUUACUCCUCUCGGCAGCAAGCAACAAGUGAUGAAGUGUGGCACAUGCGUCUUGGUCACCCUAAUAAGGAUAUAAUAAUGAAUAAAACAAGCUCUCGUGUGUGUGAUGCUUGUUAG